AUGAAGGCCCAAUUCCUCUCCAGCGCUGCCUUCCUGGCAUCCGGCGCCAUGGCUGCCCGGCCCUUCCUCAACGAGCCCGACACUGCCAUUGAGCUCUCCCUUCCUGACCUCAAGGUCGGCGAUUUGGCUCCUCUGGAGAAGAUGGUCGGUCUUCCCGACUUUGAGUUUGCUGCCCGCAACUACCUCUCGGAUGCGAACUACACGUACUACCGAAACGGUGCCGCAGGAGAGUGGUCGUACCGCCAGAACCUCGAGCUUUUCCAGCAGUACAGACUCCGACCACGGACAAUGAUCGAUGUCACCAAGAUUGAGGACUCUCUUCCCACAACCAUCUUGGGACACAACUUCUCUGCUCCCUUCUACAUUACUCCCUGCGCCCGCGCCGGAUAUGCCCACCCCGACGCCGAGCUCAACCUGGUCAAGGCCGCCGGCGAGCAGGGCCUUCUCUACAUUCCCUCCCACUACGCCAGCAAGACCAUCGAAGAGAUCGCCGAGGUCAAGAAGGAAGGCCAGGUCCUCUUCCAGCAGGUCUACCUCAACUCCAACCACACCCGCACUCAGGUUGAGUUUGACCGUGCCAAGGCUGCCGGCUACAAGGCGAUUGUCUUCACCGUGGACUCUCCCGCUCCCGGAAACCGCCAGCGUGCUCUCCGCUUUGGCGUUGGAUCUUCCAACACCGAGUACACCUACAUUACUUGGGACUACUACAAGAACCUGACGACCCUCACCGACCUCCCCAUCCUCCUCAAGGGCAUCCAGACCGUCGACGACGCCAGGCUCGCCCUCGAGAACGGCGUCCCCGGCAUCAUCCUCUCCAACCACGGCGGCCGCCAGCUCGACACCUCCCGCUCCAGCCUCGAGGUCGCCCUCGAGAUCCACAACGAGGAGCCCGACCUGUUCAAGAAGCUCGAGAUCUUCGCCGACGGCGGCGUGCGCUACGGCAACGACGCCCUGAAGCUCCUCGCCCUCGGCGUCAAGGCCGUCGGCGUCGGCCGCCCGUUCAUGUUCGCCAACAUCUACGGCCAGGAGGGCGUCGAGAAGGCCAUUGAGCUGCUGAAGAAUGAGAUUGCCGUCGACUCGGCGAACCUUGGUGUUGCUGACCUGAAGAAGAUCGACCACCGCUAUGUCAUCUACAAUUCUCUGGGAUAUAGUGGUUAA